UGCUGUUCUACUUUUUCAAGACCACAGUGAGUUGCUUUCUGUCUCAACUGUGCCGAUAUGUUUUUUUAAAAGCGUGGAGUUUAUCAAAUUCACAAAAUGUACAGAGGACUGCUAUUUAUAAUUGCGAUAUACAGUGCGACCUGCUUCAACAUUAAGAUAUCUCCUGUGAAGCAUUUCAAAAAUGGUGAUCCACUCUUUGGUCAAUCCAUUAUUCAAUCAACAGAUGGAGUUUUUGUUCCUUCACCAAAACUUGGGAAACUGUUUAAAUGCACUGCAGAGAAUGAAUGCGUCGAAGUAAAGUCUGAUGAUGUAAAACCUAAAGGCCUGAGACCAGUAGCAUCAUUAUCUAGCCUGACAUUAGAAGAGGAACAACAUGUUAUGAUGUGUAAUCAAAUUCGUGUAAGGGAGUCAUCAACUGAGGAUUUGAAUGGAGAAUGCAAACUCAUGUACUCCACUGGAACAGUCAUUAAAAAAAUGAAUCCUGUCACAUUAGUCAACAACAACAAUAACAACAACAACAACAAUCAUUAUCAAGGUCGGUGGAUUGGUCAAAAUCAACGGAGAAUGAGAAGAGAUGCCCAGUCAGAGAGUGACACAAAAGAUAAAGAUGAGGAUUAUGAUGAUGCUGGGAGAGAGACUGCUUUUGUGCUGGACGGCUCUGGUAGCAUUGAACAUGACGACUUUCAGAGAGCUAAAGACUUCAUCCACAAUGUCAUGUCCAAUGUUUGGAAAACAUGUUUCAAUUGUGACUUUGCGAUAGUGCAAUUUGGUGCAGAGAUCAGGACAGAGCUGUCACUGUUAGACAGUAAGGAUCAUGCCAGAGCUUUGCUAAAGGUCAAAGAUAUACAGCAACUUGGCAAGAUCACCAAGACCGCCUCAGCCAUCCAUCAUGUCCUCACAGAUAUUUUCAUCCCUGAGAAUGGAUCAAAAAAUAACUCCAGAAAAAUUAUGAUUGUAAUGUCUGACGGGAAAAUGUUAGGAGACUCAAUGAAUCUUUCAGAUGUUUUGAACAUGCCACAAAUGAAAGGUGUCACCCGCUAUUCCAUAGGAGUUGGUAGCGGCAUUCUGGAUAAACCUGAAGCAAUAGAAGAGAUGACACAAAUAGCAGAUCCUGAGAAGUUUUACAAGGUUUCUAAUUAUGCAGAAUUAGAUGACAUUCAGUCCUCACUGGAACAAAGUUUAACUGGAGCUAAAGUGAAUGUGCCUCUGCCAUCAAGAUCUUCAAGAUUUCUGUCUGCUGUUACAAAUCAAAUGAACAACGAAAAACUCAACAACAACAACAACAACAACAACAACAACAACAACAACAACAACAAUCAUUACCGAGGUGGGGGAUUCGAUGAGGUUAAGCAGAGGAUGAGAAGAGACACUCAGUUGGAUAGUGAAACAAACGCAGGUGAAGACGAGGAAGAAGAAGAUGCUGGGACAGAGAUUGCUUUUGUGCUGGACGGCUCUGGUAGCAUUGACCAUGACGACUUUCAGAGAGCUAAAGACUUCAUGCACGAUGUCAUGUUCAAAGUUUGGAACACAUGUUUCGAUUGUAACUUUGCAAUAGUGCAAUUUGGUCAAGAGGUCAGGACAGAGCUGUCACUGCUAGACAAUGAGGAAAGUGCCAAAGCUUUGCAAAAGGUCAAAGAUAUACAGCAACUUGGCAAGAUCACCAAGACCGCCUCAGCCAUCCAUCAUGUCCUCACAGAUAUUUUCAUCCCUGAGAAUGGAUCAAAAAAUAACUCCAGAAAAAUUAUGAUUGUAUUGUCUGAUGGGAAAAUGUCAGGAGACUCAAUGAAUCUUACAGAUGUUUUGAACAUGCCACAAAUGAAAGGUGUCACUCGCUAUUCCAUAGGAGUUGGUAGUGGCAUUCUGGAUAAACCUGAAGCUAUAGAAGAGAUGACACAAAUAGCAGAUCCUGAUAAAUUUUACAAGGUUUCCAAUUAUGCAGCAUUAAAUGACAUUCUGUCAUCACUGCAACAGAAUUUAACAGGAAUUGAAGACAGUCAGCAAGGUGCAGGAUUUCAGUUCCAGCUCGCUGAAGCUGGUUUCAGCUCCCAUCUCAUGCAGGACAAUUCUAUUCUUUUUGGAGCAGUUGGAGCCUUUGGCUGGAGUGGUGCAGUCAUUUUGCAAUCUGGUAAAACCGUGACAUUAUUUAACGACUCUAAUGAUGGACCCAAAUUUUCCUAUUUAGGUUACAGUGUCGCUUCUGCUAAACUAAACCCAAGUAAAACACUCUACAUAUCUGGUGCACCACGGUAUAACUUGACUGGUGGAGUAUUUAUUUUCAGUGGCUCUGAAAAGUAUGUGCUCCAGGGAGAUCAGGUUGGAUCUUACUUUGGAUCAGUUCUUUGUGCCUUGGACAUUGAUAGAAAUCAAUACACAGAUUAUCUUUUAGUUGGAGCUCCACAUUUCCAUCAAAGUGGGGAAGAAGGCAAAGUGCUUAUGUACAGACUGAAUCAGGAGGACAGGUUUGAGAGUGUGGCUAUGGAGCUUAAGGGCGAACAGACCUUUGCGAGGUUUGGCGCAGCCAUUGCAUCAAUAGGAGAUAUUGAUGGGAAUAAGUUCAAUGAUAUAGCAGUGGGAGCUCCACUGGAAUCAGAUUCUGCUGGAAGCAUUUACAUUUACAAUGGAUUCAAAGAUGGACUUCAGUUUUCACAAAAAAUUUCCCCCUCAGAUUUUGGCAUUAAACUUGUCCACUUUGGUCAGUCAGUAAGCAGUGCACCUGAUAGAGAGUCAAAUAAGGCCUCCAUUACUGUUGGAAGUCAAGGAGGAGUGCUUGUUUUUGAGACUAUCCCUGUUAUUGUUAUCAAACCAUCUAUAACAAUUACUCCAGACAUCAUUAAAAUUGAUCAACAGAUGAGUGAUUUAUCCAUAAACUACCACACAUGCUUUAAUGUGAUGAAUGAAAAGCUUAAAAUUAAACUUCCAAUUAAGUACAAAAUUGACUUGGAUUCUGAUGUAAACAAAAAACGCCUCACUUAUGAAGGCAAAGAUCUCUUAGAAAAAUCUUUCACCUUGACACCAGACGUAGAGUGUACAUCUAUCAACCUCAAAUAUUCGGUCUGUUUUGACUGUUUUUCACCGAUUAAAAUCAAGCUGACUUUUUCAUUGGAUCAAAACAAAGAAGCCCCAAUACGAAUUCUUGACAAAUUUAGUCCACAAGAGGUUGUACAUGAGAUUUCCUUUGAAAAAGAAUGCAAGACUGCAGAUUGUAAACCAAGUAUUGUAUUAUCUGAUUCAAAAAUUAGUGAAGAUUUGAUCAUUAUCGGAGAAACUCAAAGCUUGAAUAUCAAUUUCAAUCUUACAAACACUAAAGACCCUUCCUAUAUGACCACCCUGACUUUGACCUUCCCCAGCAUUCUCAGUCAGAGGAAAAUAGAAGGUGCCACCUGUCCUGUGAAGAAUGAAAAUCAAAUACAAUGUAAUAUUCAACACCCUAUUUUCAAAAGAGGCGCACAGACCACCCUUUUCAUCUCAUGGCAGCUCAGUGAAACCAAAUCUGAUCUGAAGAAAUAUGAGAUUACUGCUAAUCUAUCCAGUCAGAAUCUUGGCUCUGAAAUUCUGGCCACUAAAACAUAUCCAUUUGAGGUGAUGUAUUCCCUACCAAUCCAGCUAUCUGGCAAAGCCAGCGCAAACAGACUCCUUAUUGAAGAGGGGCAAAAAGUAGAAAUUAAAAAAAUGAAUUUCGAAUUUCAGUUUGCAGGUGGAAAUAAGUAUGGCGCUACAAUCAAAGUAGUUGUAAACAUAACAAAGGACACCUUCAAAACUGAUUUGGACAUCACUAAUGUCACACCACAGGAGGAGUGUGUCUUACCCAAAAAUACUAAAGUGGAGGGAUUAUAUAUGAUCACAUGUAGCUUGACAACGCUGAAGAAAAUCAUCAUUGAUGCCAAUGUUUUGAUACAUGACGUUCAGGAAAGCACAGAAAAGAUCACUGCCGUAGCAACAUACAGCUUUGAUGAGUCCAUCUAUACUGCGAAGCAUUUUUACAGAACUAUUCCGGUGGAGGUGAUAGUUGCGAAGCUGCAGGUGACCAAAUCUAUAGGUCCCAUCAUUGGAGGAUCCAUAGGAGGAUUUCUGCUCCUUUUCAUCAUCAUCAUCAUUCUCAUUAAGUGUGGCUUUUUCCGUCGCCGCCAUAAAAUGGACCAAGCACAGAGUGCAAACUGAAGACUGGCAAAGCCUUGGAGGGACCAUUUAUUACUAUAUAAUAUAUCUCUUGCUUAAGUUUGCAUAAAAAAGUAGUAUUAAGAAGCAGCUUUUUAAUGAUUUAUUUAACAGUAUAUUGUAUAUGCAGAAAGAAUGAAAGACAAAAAUAAAUCUGUUUCUAAAUCAUAACAAAUAUCCCACAUCAAGGGGCUUACAGCUAUUUCCUUGGAUGGAAGUUAUUUGUUCAAGAUUUGAUGACACACCAAACUCCACAACCAAAAGUCACAUAUCAUUUUAUGACUAACUUACAAUACGGUCAACCAAGACAUUGUUGAUAUUAUGAUCCAUGAUUUACAAUAUAACAUCUAUGGGAAGACACAUCUGUAAACCAAUUUGGUUGCAUGACAAAAAGGUAGCCUAUUUUCAUGGUUAGUUUUAUCUGGGCUGCGUUCAGCCCUGACAAAAUGGUGCAAAACGUUUUUAAAAUGGUAACGGUGGUGCAUUGACCACCCUUUUGUGAUGACGCAAGAGUUGCAGCUAUAGCAGCCGAGAAGGCCUUUGUGUUCUGAAUUUUCGGAGCCAGAUGAAAUCGAUAUUAAUAAGUGUUUAAUACUGCAAAAUAUGCUCAAUGUUACAGUCACUGCCCUUGUCAUCCAGAAUAAAAGAGAAAAUCUCAAUCGAGUGAAUGGAUCUGUGGAAACUGUGGUUCCUAAUUAUUGUGAGCCAACACUUGCCUCGCAUUUCAGGAUGAAAAAACAAACAAUUCAGGUGAAGCAUAAUCCACUUCUUACAUCAGAGACAGUUAUGAUCUAUAUGACCUUAUUAUUGUUAUUAUUACUAACUAUAUGACAUUAUUAAUCAGUGUCUUGCACACCUUCCUAAGGAAAGGAUAUGGACCAGAAGACAUUGCAAUUACUAAAUGAUAUUUAGACAGCCUUAAAGCAGUUUCAGAUCUAUACAUGUGCUCUUAUUUCAGUUGUGUUGCCUUUAAUAUUAAUAAACGUGUAAACAAUA